AUGCCCCUUGUAGGAGCAUGGUUAAAAAUAUGGAUUUAUUUGAGUUUCAUCUUUGGAUGGACAAUAGGUGCACGACCACGAUUUGAUACUUCCACGGAUAUGGGAUUGGUUUUGAUACCAGCUGACGCGGAAGUCGAUUCAGUUAUAUUUCGAUUACGAGCUACCGAUCAGGAUGCAGAUUUUCCUCUUAUUUUUGAAAUCACUGGUAACUUAAUAAUUGUGAGAAUCGACAAUCUGCCUUGUACGCUCUAUAAUAAAGUGUGCCAGGCUAAUGUAAUUCUAACAAAGCGUCUAAUGCCUGGUCGUCUUCAUGAUUUCGCUGUGAGGGUUAAAGAUUCAAAGGGUGACUCGAAUUCAAUGCAAGCGACCAUUUCUGUCACGAAUGCUACCACUCAACGUGAUAAAAUAUUCCCGCACAUUCCUUCUCUGAUAAUGGUACCCGAGGACACUAAACCUGGUAAGGAAUUAGAUUAUCUUCUCGUUCGAGCUAACUCCUGGAGUGGUAAGCCAGUUUACAUCGAAUUAUGGGUAAGUCCAAUCAAUAAAUUGUUUACAAUCAGACAACGACAAACACCAUCGCAAACUCGAGGAGUUAUAACGUUGAUCGGUGAAUUGGAUUUCGAGACUCAAUCCAUGUAUACUCUCACAAUGUACGCGACGGAUCCUUACACAGAACCUGGAAAGGAUACAAGAAAUAUUGCUGGUUUAAACGUCGUGGUUGUAGUCCAAGAUGUACAAGAUGUACCACCAAUUUUUACUUUGGCACCACCUUUGACGAGGCUCAACAAUUCUAUACAACCUGGGGAUAUAAUAUUACGAGUUCAUGCAGAAGAUGGAGAUAAGGGCGUUCCUCGAGAAAUCGUAUACGGUCUCGUGUCAGAGGGCAAUCCUUUCACGCCGUUUUUUAAUAUAUCAGAAACGACAGGAGAAAUCGUUCUUGCCAGACCGUUGGAGGAACUAACACAAAUCACUCACGUCGGUGCACCUGUCGUACUUAGCGUCGUCGCAGAAGAAAUUAGAAGGACUCGGGAAGAACCACCUGCACAGGCAACCGUCGUUGAAGUUGGACUCUUGCUUGGAGAACCAGGAAAUAGUCCGCCUUAUUUCGAAAGUGACACUUAUGUUACGGUGAUAGAUGAAAAUCUAGAACCAGGAACUGUAAUUAGUUUUGGCGAUCAAUAUUCGACAAAAGUGCGAGACGAAGAUAUCGGUAAAGCUGGUGUGUUUGCGCUCAAAUUAGAAAAUAAUAAUGGCACUUUCGAAAUUAAUCCUACCGUUGCUGAACGUACCGCGGAUUUCAUUAUUACGGUACGAGAUAAUACAUUCAUCGAUUAUGAAAUAUACAAAAGCUUGAUCUUCAAGAUAGUCGCUCAGGAAAUUGGUCCAGCUACGAAUUUAUCUACAUCCGUACCGGUGACAAUUUAUCUACGAGAUAUCAAUGAUAAUCCACCAGUUUUUGAACAGGAUUCUUACGAGGUGACAUUAUCGGAAAAUGUUACAGCCGGUACACGUGUCGUACAGGUACACGCUACCGACAAAGACACAGGAGAUUUCGGUAGUAUACAGUAUACUCAGAUAAUCGGUCAAGGUAACGAAGCAUUUACAAUGGAUUCUGAUAGAGGAUUAAUAACGGUAGCUAUGGGAUCGUCUUUGGAUCGUGAGAUCGCAUCUAGAUUGGAAUUAUCGAUCGAAGCACGAGAUGAAAAUGGCAAGGGCAAUCGAGGUGUCGUACCUUUGAUAAUCAAUCUGAUCGAUGUAAACGAUAACGUGCCGAUAUUCGAAAGAAGUAUUUAUAUGUUCUUUUUAAAUUCUGAUUUGACUAAUUUCACAACAUCGGCCAUGAUAAAGGCUACAGACGCGGAUGCUGAACCACCAAACAACGUGAUCAGAUACGAGAUCAUUCACGGAAAUUACGAGAAUAAAUUCUAUUUAAAUGAGGUCACCGGUGAAUUGAUUUUACGAUCGCCAAUUACAAAAGUUAGAAGAAAGAAACAAAGUACUACCGGGAGAUUAGCUAACAAAUCGCAAAAAGAAUUACAUAGAGACGAUAAUACGAAAGAAUUGAUACUAAAGACGAUAACAACAACGCCGACUAAUCAUGGAGUAUCAAAACCAUCCAAUAGAAGUGAAUUAUUAAGAAAAAUUCGAGAAUCUGUUAAAACUCGAAGAAAACGAGAGGACGACGACGCUCUGUAUACUUUAACAGCUAGAGCAUACGAUCUUGGCGUACCACAUUUGUCGAGUUUAACACAAAUAAAAAUAAUGAGUGGUGGUGCAACAGAGGAUCGUAUUGUAAUGUUCGUUUUACCAGAAGAACAUCCAGAUCCAGUGAAAACUGCAAAAACAUUGGCUACGAUCACAGGUGCAAAAGUAAUCGUUCAAGACAUACGUCCAUACGUGACAACCAACGAUACAUCUAAUAUGUCAAGCGACGCUAAAAAGAGUAUCGUCGUUGCUAGGGUAGAAAAAAGUACUUCUUUCGUGGACAUAGAAAAAAUUCGAGAAACUUUAGCUGCUAACGGAGUUGGUAUAAUAAAUGAUACAAUAAUGAUGCCUGACUCUACCGGAAAAACAAUGAUAACUAAUAUCACUAAUACUGUUACUAAUGUGCAUAACGAAGACAUAACGGUGUACAAAGCUGAAAAUAAAAUACUUUUCUGGUUGCUCAUCAUUUUGGGCUUAUUGAUGCUCCUUGCUAUCGCUGCUUUGAUCAUUUGUUGCAUUUGUCCUGGCUGUCCUUUUUACAUGGCACCUAGAAAACGUCGAGUACAAUCAUCGGAGACUUUAAUCGUCCGAUCGGACGGAAGACCGAAGAGACAUCUUCAUCGAAAGCAACCGACAAUCGUUCAUGUAACCAAUAAUCAAGAAAGGAAGCAAGCGUGGAGUGCCGAUCCAACUCGAAGAAACUGGCAAUUCAAUCGACGAAACGUGAAAAAUUGUGGCCUGUCUUCUCUACCUGGUGACGUAGCUUAUAUUUCGACACACGCGAAUGAAGGACGAAUGAACGUGGAAUCCUCGAGGCAACGAGAUGAUCUGAUUUACGAUAAUUCCAGAAGAAUUACUGGACAAGAUCGAAUGUACGUUGAGGAUAUCGAGAGUAUAAAAAUGCGAGAUUAUCAAAUGGACGAUGGUGUAGAUUCUUUACAACGCGAUGAAAUCGAACGUAGCUCUGAUCAUCCUCGACAAAGUUAUAGAUACGAACAAGAGCAAGAUAUAAACGAUGAUAGAACGAUCAGGGAACAACAUUUUUAUCGCGAAGGAAACGCCGAGAUAUUGCGAUUGGUGACAAGAGGAGGAGAAACCGAGGACAAUGUUAUUCAACGUCAUGGUACGACCGUAAUCGUAGACGGCAAGGAUAUUCUUCUUAAAAGAUUUAUGGAAGAUCAAAAAAUAAGACAAGAAGCAUCAAUUCAGGAUAUCGAUGGUACACGAAGUAUAGAAUCGACUCAAAGAAUCCGCGAAACGACUCAUCAGCAACCAGAGAUUAUACUUAUACCACAAACUUUAAACAUUGCUCAUAGUCAGCACGUAGAUGAAAGUGGUCCAGGUGUACAGAAAUUACUUAUCGAUCGUAUAGAUUACGAGGAUACUCCUAAAGAAAAAGUUAUUCAUAUUUCUGACAAUGUACAACCUAUCAGGCAAGAAUCUACGAUCGUUAUUGGUGGUGGUGGUGGUGGUGGUGCUUCUGAAAGUACAGAUAAACCAAUGAUAUUAAACAAAGAUAACGUACAAUCCGUUAACGUUCAAUCUUACUCGUUUCAUGAUGUAGAAUUGGCACGACAAAAUGCUUUGCUGACUAGACUUUUAUUGGAACGUGAAACGAGAGCGAGUGGUCCUGCCAUGAUGGAUUCUACGAGUUACUUGGAGACUCAAAGUUUACCUGGACAAGUAGCUAUCGCAACUCAAACCGAUAGAACUGCUGCUACUCAAACUGAAAGACAUGUGAGAAGUAGAAGUGACAAUGAUGAAUCCGAGGAUGAGUCGAGGAUAAGGAAAAAGAUGAAAACUAAGAAGAGAUACGAGAGUGACUCAAAAAGAACUAGAACUUUGUGGAUGAAGUCACCGAUAGAAGAAGAACGAAGUCCCUGUUUUGAUAAACGUUUAAGUAUUCUCCGAAAGAAAGUUAAAGAGGUCAAAGAUGGAAGAAAGAUCUCAAUAGAGCCUGAAGUUCUUCGUGAGAUAUCCGACUCUUUGGAUGAUAAUGGUAGUUCUGGUAAAGGAGACGAUAAAGAGACAAAAACUUACGAACGAUCGACGGAAGAGACGAGUAUCAGAUAUGAAAUAUUAAACGAAGAGGAUAAUGGUAGUCCUUCGUCAAUCGAAAUCUCGAAAGGUAAAUUUGAUAAGGCUUUUGCCGAAAAGACGCAUCAUCAUCGUGGCCGUGAUGAUCGAAAAACAGAUGUCACCGAAUCAACUUCUUCUUCGGAACUCAAAGAAAUGACUGAAAAGCAUACGGAAAAACAAAUAACCAGUCCAAAGAAGGAGAUCAAAAAGAGCCAAAAGAAAACGGAAGGUAAACCUACUUUUCGGAUAUUGGAAAGGGAGAUUACAUUGUUGACAAAGAAACUCAGCAAAUUGGGCGAAAAAAAGAGUCAGGAAAGUACGAGAGGUGGAAGUACAUUUCAGGAAAAAACUACUACUACUACUACUAGUACGAAAAAAAGUUUAAAAAAGGACGUAGAUCAAAAGAUGUCCAAAAGAACAGAAGAUUCGAACAAGCAUAGAAUUAAAAUAUCAACAGAACAGCCGACUCCUAGCACGUCGAAAGUUACAGAACAAGGUACGAAUCAACGAAGGGAAGAAAGUACAACCAAACUGAGACACAAGUUAAAGUAUCAGCAAGUUCAAGUUACGAGUACAGGAAGUUCAGAAAUAGAGGAUACUCAUGAAAGAUCGAGAAAAGAGAGUUCCGAAUCGAAUCAAGAAAAUGUUAAAGAAAAGCAACUAUCUACGAUUCAUUCUAAAAUCAAAAGACAAUCUCACGUGGAAGAUCAGAAAGAAAAUCUCGCGUUAAAGGAUCAGGAAAGUGAGAAACAAAAGGAAUUUUCGAAAGAACAUUCGAAGUCUGAUUCGAAGUUUAGGAAAUUGGAUAAAUCGAUAAGCCAUUCUCAAAAAGAAAGUUUAUCGGAGGAAUUUAGUACAAGUACUGGUUCCGAUCGAAUGGAAAGCAAAAAGGAGUUGGGUCCUCGUCGUAAUUUCGAUAAAAGAACAAGUACAAGCUCUUCUGAUAAUGUUCCGAGACAAAUGGGUCAACGAAAAUCGAGAAAGAUGCGGGUAAACCAAACUGAAAAAAUUUCCGAUAUUUCGUUAAAGGAUAACUCGGAAAAGGAGGAUACUGAAAAAUACAAAACGAUUAUGAACGAUAGAAAUGUUAAAAAGAAAUCGAAAUUAAUUAAAGUGCAUGCAGAUGGAAAAAAGAAAGUUAUGAGUGAUUUAGAAAGUACAAAAGAGGAUGAUCGAGUGAUAUCAUUGAGAGAAGUAUUAAAAGAUUUCGUAGGUUUUGGAAGUAUCAAAAAAGAGACGAGCGAGGAACAAGCAUUUACCGAUAAUUUCGAGGAAAUACCGAAGGAAAUCGUUAAAUCUUCGCAGGAAAGUGAUAAUAUUACGAUCGAUGAAAAAGUAACAAACCAAAAGAUCGAAAUCGUUGACGUUCCUUCGAAGGAUGUUGAAGAAGAUACAAAAAGUAAAAUAAAAGAAGAUAAAAAAGCUUUCGAAAUAGGUGAAAUCGAUGAACGUUCCAUAGAUAAAAAGAAAACCGUAGAAGAUUUUAUCGAGGAAUUACAAAAAGAGAUCUAUAGAUCUCGUAUAUCGGAUAAACCAAAAAGCGAAAUUGCUAUUACUUCGAGCGUGUCCCCGAUCGAUAAAAUCUUAUCGAAAACUACAAUAAUACCUAGUACGUCUACGGAUAUAAUCCAUGAGAAAGUAUCUUCGUCAGAUAAGGUUGAUAAAAUUGAUUUCAAGAAUGGAACAGAAGUAACAAAAAAGGAAGAUGAAAUAACUACGAGGAAAGAUAUCGAGAAAUCUUUCGAAACGAAAAAUAAGGAUGAUUUGUCUGUAAAAGAUAGUGAAACAAUUCCCAUGCUCGUAAAUAUUGAAAAAGAACAAAAAAAAUCAUUUGACCAAUCUACAAAGAUAGAUAGUGAAAUCGCAAUGAAUUUAAUUGAAAUUACUGAUAAGAAUUUGCAAUUUACGUUAUCAAAGGACAACGAUAAAGUUAAAGAAAUCGAAGAUAAACCAAGUUCGUCUAAAUCUUUAGACGAUAAAGAUACGAAGAAAUUUGAAACGAAGGAUGUGAAAAAAGAUACAGAAGAUAAUUCGAUAACAACGAAUGAUCCAAGAUCUCUUAUGGACACGACGAAAAUGAUUGAAACGGUUUUAGAAAUCGCGAGUAAACGUAGUUUACCGGAAGUAAGUGACAUGGAUAAAAAGUUCGAACUUAAGGACUCGUCUAGUGUAAAAAGUGAAAAGGAUUAUGAGCAUAUAGAAUCACCUAUAAUCGAUAAAAAUAUGGAAAAUAAUGGUAAAAGAGAUUCGAUUCUUGUUAGUGCGGAAGUGCAUGUUGGACAAAUUGCUGAAGAAAUUAUGGACGAUAGUCGAGAUAAAGAUAAAAAAAGUUUCAUUGAAGAAAGUCAAAUUAGAACAUCGCCAGUUAAAGACAUUUCAAAAUAUCUUGAAAUGAAAGAUACAGAAAUUAUUGCCGACAAAGAUAUAUCAAUAAAAGAUAUUAAACAAAGUAGUAUAAAUGUAGAGGAGGAAGGUACUGAAAGAUCUCAAAUAAAGACAGAAGACACGAUAUUAAAGAAGGAGGAAGAAGGAACGCAAAGCGAUGAAAUCGAUAUAAAAAGAGACGAAAGUGAUAAAGAAAAGCAAGAAUUAGAGAUGACUUCGAUCGAAUUAUCUAAAGACAAGGAUGAAGAUAAAAAAGAUAUAAAAUCAAAACCUUUAAAAGAUGAAGUUACGAAAGAUUUGACAUCUCCAAAAAACUUGAAAACACAUGAAAAGCAAAAAUUAGAAGAAAUAAAAAUCACAAGUCUACCUCUGACUAAACCGGAACUUCCAAUAUUAUCAGACAUAGAAGAUCGAUUAACCAGCCAAAAGGAACAAAUGGAUAUGAAAAUAGUCGAAGAAUCAAAGGACUCUAUAGAUGAUACGAAUCCAAUUGAUCCGAUUAGAGUGGAAAAACCAUCGAAACCUCCUUCGCCGAUCAAAAUAUUAGAACCAUUGAGUCCCCAAGAAGAACCCAAAAUACAAACUGAUACGAUGGAUAUCGAUAUAGAGAAAGAAAGUAGACCAUUCGUUGAUAUCAGCGUGAUCAAAUCUGUAGAGGAAUUAAAAUUUGACGAGAUAAUUCAAUCGCGGUCAGAAGAUAAGGAUUUUUCUGAGAAAGAAAGCACGGUUUUGUUGGAGGACAAAGGUAAUCAAGGUAAUGUAAUUAAAUUAAAGAUGGAAGAGGACCAAGAGGAAAAAGAAGAUCCAAGUAAACAAGAUAAGGUCGUUCGUGAAAGCCUGGAUGAGACGAGCUUACAACCUGGAGAUGAAUUUGCAAAGGAAGAACUUCUAAAGAGGACGGAGGAAUACGAAAACGUAAGCCCUACAAUUUUUACGAGCAUUAUCGAUACACCGGAAGAUUCUGAUGAGAGUGACUCAUCCAGUGAUAUUUCCAGGAAAACGACAUUGACCACGAGACCGUACCAAACGCCUCGACAUCGUGCUAAGGAUGUAUCUGAAAAAGAAAUCCUUUCGAUGGAAAUGAUCGAAAGUGUAUCUGACGUUGAUAAUAUGGAAUUGAGGGUUGAAAAGUUGAAAGAUGAAAAUGGCGAACAUCAAGUAAUCGAUGUAACUAUGGACGUUAUAAAAAAUCUUCCUACUGUAUCGCACGAGACAAUGGAGUCUGAAAAAGACGAUUUAAACGAUAAAAAUAUCGAGAUAGAUGAGAAAUCUAAGGAGUCAAUCGAAAAAAGUUCACCUCUUAUACAAAAAACAUCAAGUAUAGUUACUGAAAAUCAAGAAAAAAAAUCUAGUCCACAAAAAGUGAAGGAUAUAAAGGAUCCGGAUAAUACAAAAACGACGAUAGUAAAAUAUGAUUCGAAGAUGGAAAAGGACGAUAAAUCUGAUGAGAUUAAGGACAAACAAGUAAAAAAAUUAGAAAAGGAUACAAAAGGAGGAAAGCAAUAUCCAGAACGUUCGAAAGUCGUGGCUCGUAAAGAAAAGAAAAAUGUUUCAGAGGAAGUAACCGAAAUUAAAAAGGAUCCAUCUUUGGGAAAAACAUUUCGUCAACCUAAACGACGUCCUUCCAAACCGGCCGAAGGUCAAGUGGAGAAAAAUUUGGAGAAAAAAUCAGAAAAAGAAAAGAUAACGGUAACGUCGAAGAAGACGGAGGAGGAUCAAUCGAGAUCGAAAAAAUCGAGAUCGAGCAGUGGUGAGAAAUCGUCGAGUUCACCAAAAACGGGUGACACUGAAACUGGCAAGACUCGAUCUAAAUACAUGGCUUGGUACACGAAGAAAAGAGAAGAAAUGGAGAAAAAGAGGGAAGCUAAAAGAACCGAAGAACAGGACGAACAGGAUCAGCAGUUACCACGUUGGUUGAGAAGGAGUUUGGCUCAUAAAAGAUCGAUUCCCGAUGAGAAGAAAAAAUUAGAGAUUAAAACACCAGAAAUAACACCAAGAACUAGACGCAAAGUGAAACCUUUGGUAAACGUUGAGUCUGAACAAUUAAAGGCUAUUGUUCGUCAAGGAAGAAAAUUGAGAAAAGCCGAAGGUGAACAAUACGAGGAUCCUCCGAUACAAAUUUUUGCCUCGACUCCACCUGCACCACCAUCCGCACCACAGCCAACACUGACGGAAUCAAAAUAUCCUCGUCAUCAUUUAUUUCAACAUUCCGAAUAUAAAUAUGAAAAAAUGCCAGCACCAUUUUAUCUUCAUCCUCCGCCAGCACCUCAUCCCUCGCCGCAAUUAUCACCGGAACAUUACGAUUCACAACGAACGACUGAAUUCGUAAGACCGGAUGUCGAACUUGAUUCUGGUACCGGUGUAUCGAUGACACCAGGUCAGACAAGAUUACGACAUCAACAAUUACUUGAGAAAAAGAGCGUCUUUGAUAUCGCUUACAGUGAAGCUGCACCGUCGCAAUUAAGAUCGGAUAGUACAACGCCUCCUUCUUAAUCAAUUGGAAAGUGUAAAAAAAUCCUGAAAAGAAAAGAAAAAAAGGGAAUCUUCUCCUUUUAUAAACGUGCAAUAAAAUAUACGAUACU